AUGAAAUGUUCAGCUUGUCAAAUCAAUAAAUUAACAAAUGAGUUUCCACCAACUAAGCCCACUGAUAAAUGCGAGCAUGUUUCUACUUUAUGCUUGCGGUGUCUUGUCGCUGAAAUCGAGAAACAGAAAAAGCCCUCUUCAAUAGAAUCUAUUCGUUGUGUCGAAUGUAAUUCACCUAUGAAUGAAACCGAACAAGAAUUUCUUUUAACAACUUGGAGGAAUGCUGCCUUUAAACUUGAUAAUGAACUCGAUCUGUUAUCGCAAAAUCCCACUCAUAAUAAUUAUAUUGAAGGGGAUACUCUUCCAAAUAAUGGACAUAUAUACGUGGUACUAUUGAAUGGACAUAAGCUUAAGUUAGAUCUGGCAAAAGUUCCAACAGUUUACGCGUUAAAAAUGCAUAUUAAGAUGGAACUUGGUGUACAGAUAUCGAAACAGAAAUUACUGUUUAAUCGGCAAGAAUUAAAUGCAACAAAUAAAUUAUCAAAUUAUGGUAUUCGUGAUAAUAGCCAUGUACAACUUAUUGUUAUUUUGUAUUCCAUUAGCGAAGCCGAGGCCGUUCGAUCUUUAGUAUUUGAUCUUAAUUGGGGCUUUCCUUCUGGAGUUCAAGACUAUCUUGAUGGUACUUGUAUGGUCUACAGUGGGGCUGAACUUCUCAUGAUUUUUGACUAUAGUUCUAAUAAUCAUCCGAAUUUUCCAAAUAUGAGACAUUCCGGUGAUGUGAUCGAUUAUGCGAACAGCAGAGGAAGUCAUCAAAUCACCGCGAAACUCGACGAGCUUCCUGGAAAUGUCACACAUCUUUACUUUAUUUUAAGUGCAUGGAACUGCGAUACUAUUGGCAAGUUCAAUACACCUAUGUUUAAAUUGUGUGAUGAAUCGCGUCCGGAUAUACAGUUGUGUCAUUACACUCUUCAGGAUGCCGCUAAUUCUCAAGCGGUAAUAAUGUGUUGCGUGACGCGUAUCGAGAAUGGGAUGUGGCAGGUAAUCCAAGUUGGUAGACUAUCACGUGGUAAUGCUAAAAAUUACAAACCUAUUCAAGAUGCUAUCCGAAAUUCAAGAAUCAUUAUAUAA